AUGAAUACAAGCAAUGAUAUUUUAAAUAAUUUGCCAUUAUCUGAAUUACAUUAUAAUGUUAAUCAACUUUAUACUUGUCAAUCGUCCACUUCUGAACAAUUAUUAAAACCACUCCAAGAGCAAAAUGAAAUUGGUACAUCUCAAGAAAUUGAUGAUAGUCAAAAUAACUCAUCCGAUGAAGAAAAUUUUCAAUCCAAUCAACCUAAGAAAGAUGCCGAGGGAUGGAUGUGUGCUGGAAUUCUCUUUGAAACUAUUGAUAAUCCUUUCAUAAUUGAUAUGCUCAAAACUUUAAAUACUAAAUAUAAUUCUCUUUCAUGA